AUGACUGUAAUGCAAGUCAUGAAAAAGAUAAAUAAGAAAAUUCCAGGUAUAAUACCGCCACCACCAAAAACUGAAAUUGACGGUAAAAUCGAAAAUUUAUCAGCAAAAACUUUACCAGAACUAUUAGAUCUUCGAGAUCGUCAGAAAAAACUACUAAAUAAUAAAGCUUUCGUAACUAAACUGGCAGAUAAAGGCGAAAAAAUUCGUGCAUUUUAUGAUAAAGUACAAAGUGAAAUUAAAUCCAAGCAGGAAGAAGAAUAUACAUGCCGUUUAUUUAGUGAUAUGAAACUCCAUAGCAUUGACAAAGAGUCUAUAGCGAAUGUUGAAUGGGAUGGCAAAAUAAAAAGAAAUGAAAAUGUUUACUUAGAUUCUGAUGAUGACAGUGAACCAGAAGAUGUUUUGCAUAUAUUAAGUCAAAGCACUGUGCAAGAGAAAAAAGUCAAAGUAUUACAGCCAGAAAAACCUUUAAUAACUCCAGAAGAUCUUAUGAACAUAGGUGAAAUUGCCCAUGUUAAAAAACUAGUUGAAAAAACUGAAGUCAAUAUGAAACCAAAACUGACUGGUAAUUUUAAGCCAUAUAAGACUACUAUUUCAGAUGUGCAUAAUCCCGCAAAAGAAAUACUUAGGAAAAGAAAUAAGCACUGGGAGGUAACGGCAGCCACUCCUCCACCCAUUGUUCAUGGUCCGGUCAAAACAUUAAAUUUACAAGAAUCUCUAGAUCUUCAAAAGGAAUAUAAUAUUCACUUAAAGGAAGUUGAAGCAAAACAUGCUGCAGAAAAAUUAUUUGCUCGAUCAGGUAUUAAAAUGGCUGCACUUCCCGAGGAUACUAGCAAAUUUGGAAAUUAUAGAACAGCUGAUAGUGAUGAUAGUGAAAAGUCAGAUCUUGAGGAGAGUGAUAAAGAAGUAAUAGAUGAGGAACCAGAAAGAGGAGGUGUUGUGUUUACAGUGAUGAAC